CUAUUUGCAGCUAAUGUAGCAGUUGUUAAUUGACUUAAAGGUUUCAAUGAAAAGCCAUGUUUAUUGCCGUCUUGUCAAUUUCUCAUCUACUUGGCUCUGGCUUGUGGGCAUGCCAUAGCUGGAAGAUUGGGGAAUAGGAUUUUUAUAUUGUAAGGCAUUAAUCAAAGAACAGAUAAUCCUUUUUAUAUAACUUGGAUGUGAAACUAAACUUGUUUUCUUCUCUCUCAUUGUAGAUUCCAUGUUACAAUAGCAGAUCAGGUUUUGCAUUUUUUGUUCUUUUGUACUUGAACAUUCCCUUCAAUCCUGGAGACAAAACAACCUAUAUGCUAAAUUUUCUGGCCUAGAUUUUGAUACCCAUUUUUUCAAAUUUCCUAAUAAUGUCCCAAUUAAUUUGGUAUGGAGGUUAAGGUGUGGUUAAUUUGGGUUUCAUUCUAUUAUUGUUUGUUGUUAUUAUAUGGAAGUUGUUUUCUCAAUCAGUAAGAUGAGCUGUCGUUGAACAGUCCCGGCUCCAGCCUGGUUGGUGACCGGCCAACUUGAACUUGGGGAUUAAUUUCAGCAGUCUAUUUCAUUAGAGAAGCAAUUACUACAUCUCUCUAAUGAGCAAUAAUUUAUCUAUUGGAAAUAAUCCUACCAGACUGUCUUGGUAUUUGGAAGUAAUCCAUUUGUCUAGGACAUGAAAGCAGAUCCAUCGACUUGGGACAGGGAGUAACCCAAAAAGAUACCACUAAGACAGGACAAAAUCGACCUGGCUUGUUAGUUGGGCAGAACGUUUGUGCUUUCUGAAUUAUGGGAUGUAAAUGGAUUGGGGUGGUCAAUAGUGACAAACGAACUGAGCAAAAGUGUGGCUGCAAAUGAAGAGCAGAGUUGUCUCUUCACUUGGAGGGCGCCUAAUUUGUCAGAAAAAGAACGAAAAGAAUGCAAUGAAAGAAAAAGACAGAGAAGAAAAGUUUGAAUCAUCAAUCUCCCUAUCAUUUUGUCUCCACCUGUUGUUUUUAACUUCUGAGGUAUGAAAAAGACUGAAUUUUCUUAUGCUAUGAACAUGUGAGUGGUAACUUCUGCCAUACCCUUCUGGGAUGGAAAUCAAGGGGAUUCAGGAAGGAUCGUGAUGAACACUAACUUUCUGGAGGCCACAGUACAGAUUAUUGUAAUGGCUAUAUUCAUAGCUGUGAUUCUGCUAUUUAUAGGUGUUGGAAUGCUGGUGGUUAUACAUGUAUGUAUUGUAGGAAGAGCCUUCAGGGGAGGAUUGCGGAACCCUGGAAGAUUUGACAGGAGCAACAGCAGGAACAGAUGCAUGUCCCAGGAUGAUUUACAGAAGAUUCCCUGCUAUGAUUACAUAGCAAAAGACGGAGGAAGUAGUCCAGUGGAUUGUGCUGUCUGCUUGGAAAACUUCAAGAUGGGUGAAAAGUGCAGGCUACUGCCUCUAUGCAGGCAUAGUUUCCAUGCAGACUGUGUGGAUUCAUGGCUUCUGAGGAACCCCAUUUGCCCAAUUUGUCGAGCCAGUGCUGAUUCAGGCAAGGCUGGGUUGGUUUUAGAUGAGGAAAGUAGUCAUUCCAGUGAAUAUGUUGGUCAGUUGCGAGGACGGCAAAGUAGGGAAGGUAGAGACAACCAAACAAAUGAUGCCAGAAUUGAAGUUAGAGACAACCAAAUGAGAGAAGGUAGUAAUGUUACUGAUAGUGGUGAUGAAUCUAGGGAAAACCAAACAAAUUUAGUUGGGACUCAUUUGAGUUUUGCACUAGAAACUACUACUAUUACCUUAUAAUAUACUUUAUGUUUCCAAAAUGUUGUAAAUUUUAUAAAAUAUUUGCUAAAUGAUUAUAAUAAUUUAACUUGUUCACCUAUACUUGUUUUUCCC